GGUGUUCGGCAUUGGAUUAGAAGCUUCAAAAAAUGGCGUGUUGAAAAGAAAGUUGUCGGAGGAGAAAGGAAACUCAGUUUGCCCCAGUUUACGAAUUAGUUCUGGUGCAAGAACAAAACAGAUUAAUCCACUUUAUUGUCAAAAUUUUGUAGUAGAUUUAUUCGAUUUUACUCGGAUAGUUCUAAAGUUUACUUGUACACCCGGCACCGGCCCACGUGACCCCUUUCGAGGUUAGAAAUUAUGAACCAGCAAGGCGUACUACACUGCGAAGUUUGCAAUGCACAGUUGCCAAAUUUCAAUUCUAUGAAAUGGCAUAUACAAGGAAAAAAGCAUCAAAAUGCUCUCCAGUUCUGGGACAAAAAGAAGGAGACAGCCAGGCUCAGUGUCUUUGUACGCAACUUCCCCAUGGGCACUACAGAGCAAGAAUUAUGGCAAUAUUUUGCCCAGUUUGGACGUGUAACAAAAGUCACCAUUGUUCCUCCAAAGAAUUUAUAUGCUAUCAUCGAGUUCAAUAGUGCAGACACGGCUGAUUAUGUCCUGCAACAAAAUAAUCACAAGCUGAACAGCCAGAACUUAAUUGUGAAAUCUAGAGAAGUUGAGGUUCCUGGCCAACCAGCCACAAAUAGGUAUCAGCACGGGUACCAGCAGUUUAGAGGCGGUGGAAGCCUUGGGAUGGGACCAAUGAUGAGAGGGAGAGGAGGCCCAGGCCCCGGGCCAGGUCCUGGUCGUGGUGGCUAUGGUAUGGGCCGGGGAGGAUACCAGGGUAACUAUGGUCCAGGUCCAAUGUAUGACCAGGGCUAUUAUGAUGAUCAGGAGCCGGGUUCCAGCAAGAAGAAAAAAGCAAAUGUUGAAGAUCAGAUAGAACAGUACUACCACGAGGAGCUGAUUGAGAAACUUAUGAAAGUGAAAGGGGUUCAGAACCAGCUGGAAUGGCUAUGCCAGAACCUGCAGGUGACGGCUGAAGAGGCUCAGACCAAGUUCCAGUUAUGCGAGAAGUUGCAGACCUGUCUUGGAAAGUUUUUCCCAGGAUGCACUGUGAACCAGUUUGGCUCGUCUGUCAAUGGAUUUGGAUUGAGUGGCUGCGACAUGGACAUUUUCCUGGAUCUGAGUACAAUGCAUGGUAGGACCUGGGAACUCGAGCCAAUCAAGCUACCAUUUGUGCGAGACUUCAGGUUUCUGAAGGAGAAAGAAUGGGGUCCACUGAUCCCUUCUGAUCUAGACAAGAUGGGAAUGACAGACCAGUGUAAGCUGAUAUCACGUAUACUGAUAGACAACUUAGAGGGUAUUCUAGAUGUACAGGUUAUCCCCAGUAACAGGUGUCCACUGGUCAGGUUCAGAUACACCAACUGUGACGUGAAGUGUGAUCUGUCUGUCAAUAACAAAUUGGCCCUUCAGAAUACAAAGUUACUAUACCUGUAUAGUGUACUCAACAGUAGAGUUAGACUACUGGUUUAUGCUAUAAGAUAUUGGGGAAAGGCAAAGGGAGUUUCUGGUAACCAGAAGGCCAGCACAAAGCUGUCAAACUAUGCUCUUACAUUGAUGGUACUAAACUACCUGCAGAACUUGGAUCCUCCUGUUCUACCAACUAUCGAGAAACUGUCACAGCUACAUGGGACUGCAGCACGUACAAAGAUUGAAGGAUGGGACUGUACAUUUGCUAUGGAUUGGCAGAUUAUUCCACAGUCCAACAAUACUCAAACUGCAGCUGAGCUUCUGUCUGGAUUUUUCUCCUAUUGGAGUGCCUUCAAUUUCAUGGACAAUGUUCUAGUCACAAAAUCAGCCACAGAAAUGCCGUUCACACAGUUCUUUGAGAAGGACAACAUGCAGGACGGCAGGUUGAGGAGCUUCAAGGCAUCAGCUAUGAACAUGCAAGACCCAUUUGUGUUGAAUCACAAUAUAACACAGAAUGUGAAUGAAAAGACACGAGAUAAGAUUGUACGCGAGUUGAGAAUAGCAGCUAUAAAAACAUCAGUGUGGGGAAAUGAAGGCUUCUCUAUGACCGCACCAUCUGGGGUGAGCAGGAUAUAUUCUAGUUUUCUCAAAAGAAGUUUCUCAAACACUGGUGUAUUCAGAUAA